GAAGGUAUGGUCGCAGUGCUGCACGCCACAGCUGCUAGAUUGUCAUUCAUCUUCGGACAGUAUGCUGCUAUAUGGUCUCUUAUCCAGCCUAUCACUGGUAUCUGCUCUCCCAAGUCUGUGGGAUACGGUCCAGAAACCCUUUUCCAAUGCCCUCGCCAACCCCAUCACUCAUGAUCCCUCGAGGGUCAACGUAACGCUCUACAUCAUGUCUCGAUGUUCAGACUCCAGAAUAUGUGAAUCGGUGUUUGAAGAUGUUCUACGAACCAAGGGCAUCGAGGAUAAGAUCAACUUUGGAAUUCAGAUGGUGACCCAGGGCCGCAAUGAGUCAGACCCAACUGGCAUUAGCUGCAAGCAUAAUACGAUCGAAUGCCUCGGCAACGCCCAGCAUCUCUGCCUCUUCGAACAUCUCCCUCUCCAGACAUUCGUCGCUGUCCUGGCGUGCGAAAACUUUGAGUCUUCUUUCCCGGGCGACAUUGGCUCAGUAGCCUAUACAAGACACUGUGCUGAGGCCUCGAAAGUUGACUGGUGGCAGUCCGGCGUUGGGCAAUGUAUUCAGGGCAAGAAAGCUAAGAAGGAUGAUGGCAAGAAAGCAACAAAGAAAGGGAUACUUGGCAAAGAGGCAAAGGAGCUUCUUCAGUCAAACGCUGAGAUCACUUGGAGCAGGAAUAUCACCCGUGCUUGUACGAUCGAAAUUGGAAGUACGCUGCGAACGGGUGGUAAACGUACCUGUGUAGUCGACGAUCACAUUUGGACGGGCUGUGAUGACGGACAUUCAGCACAAGACUUUGUGCGCGUCAUAGAAGAAGAGUACAAGGCCCUGCAGAAGUAGUUAAGACUGACUAGAGAAACCAUGUACCAUCACCGAUAUGUACGCUUUAGGAGAAGGCGCGAA